CCGGGGAGCGCUGAGUUCCGGCAGCGUGGGCGUCAGCCAGGAAGCUGUCUCCUCUGUCCUCCUGGCGCGGAAAUGGUUGUCUUGGUUACCGGUGCUAACCGUCUCCCACCUGUGAUUCCUUGUUGAGGGGCUGCAACCCGAACUGCCCUCUGGAGACACUUCUAGCUCCUCUAAGAGGCGACUGCGCGAGUCUUCAACGUGGAGUAAUUGAAGCUUUCCAGGUAGCUCGAGGCUACUCCGUUUUCGCAUUGGUGUAGGAAUCCUCUGAUGCUGCCAAAUUCGGGUUUUAUCCUUCACGCAACACGUGUGGGCAGUGCCAGUCCCUCACCCUUUGUAAUCCAGGUGAUGUUACCUUCUUUGAUUCGCCAUUCCUUACCUACCCCUGUCCCUUUAAAAAUGAGGGAAGCCGAUCCUGAGUUCUCAGGUUUCCGCUACACACAUUUCCCCUAAUCCUUCAGUUAAAAAGAAAAAAAAAAAACAAAAAAACCCUAGUAUCUUUAAUACCAUAAGUAAUUUAUUAUAUUGUGCAGAAUUAAAGGAAGGUAGUUGCUGAAAUUUGUGUGAAAGGGUAGAGUUUUAGACUGAGGAAUUUUUCACCAUCUUGUUUAAUUUUGCUAUCUGCAAGCCUAUAAAAAUGUGUUUUAUCUCAGCUUCCGGUUUUAAAAAAACUUAAGUGAUGCAGCUUUACCUGUAGAAUAAAUUCAGAACAUAUUGAAAUAUUCAAGGACCUCCACAGUGUUGAUUAUGCAUAAAGGACUAUCCUGUGUAUUUCUGUUUGGGUGGAGGGUUGGGGGUGAGGAGUCACUGCUCACUUUCUCAUAGGUUUGGCCCAGCCUGAGUACCAUUAUCUCCUGAGGUUGUUUUACUGUUUCAUCACCUUUAUACCUUCAUACCUGCAUGCUUUUCAUUUUUUAUUACUCCUCUCCAAAUCCGUCAAGAUUCUAAAUUCUCCCUCUGUAUAACCUUUCCCUGACCAGCUCUGAAGUAACUUCUUUAUCUUACAACAUGUGUAACUUUUAUGAGUAGCAUUCUUGUAUACUAGCGAUUUAAGGCUUUAUUGUUUAUUUCUUUCUUUACACCCAAGUAAGAGACCUGCCCCCAGGAACUGAGUUUUUACUUAUCAAAAGUGUGGGUUCGUAAUAGGAUUUAAUGACUGAUUUAAUAUGUUUGAUUUGAGCAAUAAUUUACCAAUCUGUCUUAGAUUUGGGGGUCCACCCAUUUGCCUAAUAAUUUCUUAGGGAAUCCUUAGUAUCUCUUUGAUAAACUUGCUGCUUUCCACAAAGAAUGUUUGAAUAUAUUUAAAUCAAUAUUUUUUAGUCUACAGAAAACUGAAAUAGAAUUGGAAACGAAAAGUGACCCAUAAUAAUUUUAAAUGUCUCGAAAAGUUAGCAAGGCAUCAAAAAAAAUGAACAUCUCUAACUCCCUGGAAUCUGAAGAUAUUAGUUUAGAAACAACAAUUCCUACGGAUGAUAUUUCCUCAUCAGAAGAGCAGGAUGGCAAGAUCAAAAUCACCAGGCAGCUAAUUGAACGGAAAGAACUGCUUCAUAAUAUUCAGUUACUGAAAAUAGAGCUAUCACAGAAAAAUAUGAUGAUCGAUAAUUUGAAGGUUGAUUAUCUGACAAAGAUUGAAGAAUUGGAGGAGAAACUUAAUGAUGCACUUCACCAGAAGCAGCUACUAGCCCUGAGAUUAGACAACCAAUUGACUUUUCAACAAAAGGAUGCCAGAAAAUAUCAAGAACUAAUGAAACAAGAAAUGGAAACUAUUUUACUGAGACAGAAACAACUAGAAGAGACAAAUCUUCAGCUAAGAGAGAAAGCUGGAGAUAUUCGUCGAAACCUGCGUGACUUUGAGUUGACAGAAGAGCAAUAUAUGAAGCUAAAAAGUUUUCCUGAAGAUCAGCUUUCUAUUCCUGAAUAUGUAUCUAUUCGGUUCUAUGAACUGGUGAAUCCAUUAAGAAAGGAAAUCUCCAAACUACAAGUGAAGAAGAAUGACCUGGCAGAAGAAUUAAGUGCAAACAAAAGUCAACUGAAACAACUGACUGAGACUUAUGAGGAAGAUCGCAGAAACUACUCUGAGCUUCAAAUUAGAUGUCAACGUUUGGCCUUAGAAUUAGCAGACACAAAACAGUUAAUUCAGCAAGGUGACUACCGUCAAGAGAACUAUGAUAAAGUUAAGAGUGAGCGUGAUGCAUUUGAACAGGAAGCAACUGACUUAAGGAGAAAAUAUGAAGUACUUGAAGCCUCUCACAUAACUCAAGCUAAAGAAAGAAAUGAAUUAUCAAAAGAGGUGGCCACCUUACGACAGACUGUGACUUUGCUCCAAAAGGAUAAAGAAUAUCUCAGCCGCCAAAACACGGAGCUCAGUGUGCGCCAUGCCCACGAGGAGGAUCGUCUGGAAAGACUUCAAGCUCAACUUGAAGAAACCAAAAAGGCUAGGGAAGAGAUGUAUGAAAAAUACGUAGCAUCCAGAGACCAUUAUAAAACAGAAUAUGAAAAUAAACUACGUGAUGAACUGGAACAGAUCAAAUUGAAAACUAAUCAAGAAAUCGAUCAACUCCGAAGUGCCUCUCGGGAAAUGUAUGAACGGGAAAACAGAAACCUCCGAGAAGCAAGGGAUAAUGCUGUGGCUGAAAAGGACCGUGCAGUGAUGGCUGAAAAGAAUGCUCUAGAAAAACAUGAUCAGCUCUUAGACAGGUACAGAGAACUACAACUUAGUACAGAAAGCAAAGUAACAGAAUUUCUCCAUCAAAGUAAAAUAAAAUCUUUUGAAAGUGAGCGUGCUCAACUUCUACAAGAGGAGACUGCAAGAAAUCUCACACAGUGUCAGUUGGAAUGUGAAAAAUACCAGAAAAAAUUGGAGGUUUUAACUAAAGAAUUUUAUAGUCUCCAAGCCUCUUCUGAAAAACGCAUUACCGAACUUCAAGCACAGAACUCUGAACAUAAGGCAAGGCUAGACACUUAUGAGAAACUGGAAAAAGAGCUUGAUGAAAUAAUAAUGCAAACUGCAGAAAUUGAAGAUGAAGUUGAAGCUGAAAGGGUUCUUUUUUCCUAUGGCUAUGGUGCUAAUGUUCCCACAACAGCCAAAAGACGACUAAAGCAAAGUGUCCACUUGGCAAGAAGAGUGCUUCAGUUACAAAAGCAAAACUCGUUGGUUUUAAAAGACCUGGACCAUCAAAAGAACCAAGUAACACAGCUUUCGCAAGAGCUUGACAGGGCCAAUUCUCUGUUAAACCAGACGCAACAACCUUACAGGUAUCUCAUUGAAUCAGUGCGUCAGAGAGAUUCUAAGAUUGAUUCCCUGAAGAAGUGUAUUACCGAACUCGAAAAAGAUGUCAGCAAUUUAAAUAAAGAAAAGUCAGCUUUGCAGCAAAUGAAGGAUCAAAUGGCAUUAGAUUUGGAACAACUUCUAAAUCAUCGUGAGGAUUUGAAAUAGCUCAACUGGAAUUCCA